AUGAAGCUCCUUAUUUCUAUUGGAAUCAACUUGCUUGUAUUUUUUAGCAAUUCCGCAAACGAUGUUCAAUCUUUUCAGGAAUUUAGUUUUUUAAACCUUAAAGAGAGCAGUAAUGGAGCUCUUCGUAGGAAAGAUGCCAGAAUAGCAGUGAAUGAAUGCAGUAUGGAAACUUUAAAUAUUAUUUUAAUGAAGGACCAGGUUUUAAAGCUCGAAUUAUCAUCUUACUAUUGUUACUUGAAAAAUCUUACAAAGGCAGUAGAAUCAUGCAAAAGAAGAUGUAGAAUUUCUCGUAGUAUUGGAAGAUGCAGAGGAAUAGAAGAGAGAUUAGCCACUGUUAGACAAAAGUAUGAAAGGCUUAAAGGAGAGCGAGCUAAGUGGACGAAUUACCUGAUUUUCUGUAUUAGAUGCAGAGCACUUACAGAAUACAAACUUAUUCAAAGCAGGGGAGGAAUUGCAAAGAGGGGUAGAAUUGGUGGUAAUGAGUCUGAAGAUGAUCCUGCAUACACUCUUGUUCAUCUAUUUAGCUCAUUUGUUACCAAAGAUAUUUCGAAUUAUGAACUUUCGUACCUUUUAACAAAGAUGAAUGUAUACAACUCUGUAAAGGAAAAAAUGUGUAAACAAAAAAGCAGGGCAUUGUGCAAAUGUGCUAGGAACUCCCUUAAAGAAUUAUUGAACAACGAGAGCUCAUUAAAAACCAUUAUACAUAAUCAAGAUGCCUAUCAAAGAAGGUGGUUUACAUUUAACACAAAUGGUGAGAAUACCAUUCCUUCAUCAGGAGAACCAAUUAAUUCAAUCCAAAGUGAAUGCAGUAGUGUAUUAGAAAUGGAUGCUCAAGUUCAGAAUGAAGCAGAGGGGGUUACGAAUGCAGGAUUCUCACGUGAAGAAUCGAGCCAAGUGAGCACUUUAUAA